AUGGCACCAUCGAAAGCGCCUACGGGCCACUUCUCGAUAUUGUACUUCGCCGCCGCGUCGACGUUCACAAACAAGGCCAGCGAGCAUCUGCCUGCGCCCGCGGAAGCUCGCAACCUCUUUUCUAAGCUCGAGGAGUUGUAUCCCGGCAUUAAAGACAAGGUGCUAAGUAGCUGUGCGGUGACAGUCAACAUGGCAUACAUCGACAUUGAUGGUGAUGAUGCUCCUGACCUUGAAUUGGUGAUCAAAGAUGGCGACGAGGUGGCUAUUAUUCCGCCUGUAAGCUCGGGAUGA